CAUGAGACGUCAAGAAGAAUUGAGGCGUUUGGAAGAACUUCGAAAUCAAGAACUUCAAAAACGCAAGCAGAUACAAUUGAGGCACGAAGAAGAACAUCGGCGUCGUGAAGAAGAGAUGCUCCGCCAGAGGGAACAGGAGGAACUACGACGACAGCAGGAGGGAGGAUUUAAGCCGAAUUUCAUGGACAAUAGAGAACAGGAAAUGAGAAUGGGUGAUAUGGGUCCUCGUGGAGCAAUAAACAUGGGAGAUGCGUUUAGCCCAGCACCUGCUGGUAACCAAGGCCCUCCUCCAAUGAUGGGUAUGAAUAUGAACAACAGAGGAACUUUACCUGGCCCUGCAAUGGGUCCUGGUCCUUCCAUGGGACCAGAAGGAGCUGCAAAUAUGGGAACACCAAUGAUGCCAGAUAAUGGAACAGUGCAUAAUGAGAGAUUCCCUCAAGGAGGUCCAUCACAGAUGGGUUCACCUCUGGUUAGUAGAACGGGCUCUGAAACUCCUCAGCCGCCAAUGAGUGGUGUAGGUGCCGUGAGUGGUGGACCUGGUGGCUUUGGUAGAGGAAAUCCAGGGGGCAACUUUGAAGGACCUAACAAGCGUCGCAGAUACUAAAACUUACUUCAUUCCUUACUGUUUAGAAAUUCCAGUCAAACUAUACAGUGAUAUGCCUUUAAAAAUUUUAGCUGUUAUCUGGAAACGGUUUUAUUGUUAUUGUAGUCUUUAAAACAGUUUCUUUUGUAAAACUUUUUUUGUAUUCAGUCAUAGGCUUUGUAGUAUAGAGCAGAAGUGAUGCGGAUCGUGAUGUAAGGCGAUGUGUUUGUGACUAGCAAAAUACAAUAUGUGACUAUGCUGUAAAACGUGCAGUUAUCUGAUUACAAUAAAAUUUAAAAAUAACUUGAAAGGA